AUGAAGUUGAUAAGCAUUGAUGUAAGAUAUUUCCAAGCUUGCGUAUUCAAAGUUUUUGAGGAUGCCAAUUGGGAAGUUAGAUACCAAGGCCUUGACAACUUGUUUGGACUUUUUACUAAGAUGGAUGCUGCGUUCCAAACAGAAUGGUUGAAACUCCUUUCGCAUUUGGGGCCUGUAUUUAGUUACUUUGUCGGUUGUUUGUGGGAUAAGGAAGAAUAUGUUCGGUCAAAAGCUUACGCUCUUAUUCGAACGUUCGGGACAUUACAUCUAAGAUCUGCAUUUCGUUGCUGGGAAGCCUAUUUUCUAACUGCUACAGAUAGACAACGUAUGUCUCUUGUCAGUCUUAUGAUUCAACUGAAUGCUCUGUUCCCUGAAUGGCAGGUUCUUCAGUGGGAGUCGCUGCUGGAGGCACUCGAAUUAAAGACCCCUACAGAUAUACUCGACGAAUUUUCAAGACCAGUUUCUAACGAUCAUGAGUUUUUGAAGGAAAAUAACAAUACACAUGAUAGUGAUACUAACCAAAGACACUACCAAGAACAGCAGACUGCUGAAUCAGAAAAUGUCAAGGUGUUGAUGUUAACACUAGCUCUUCAAAUGUUAAGCAAUCAUCUUAGUAUUGAACAUGCACAGAUAUACAGACUGAAGUUUAUUUUGGUCCAGCUAAUGGACUUUCAGAAUUGUCAAUUUUUCAACGAUGGCGGUGAAAUCAGUAUCGAUUUUGGGCUUUUAAAAUACAAUCCAAGGGAUCCAACUCGUGUAGCUGUAAUGGUUUCUUGUAUUCGUGGAUUGAAAAAAAUUAUGGAUAGUUUUGCGCCCCUUCCGGCAGAAACUGUCGCUACUCUAGCUUCUGAUUCAAUUGAACAGAACAAGAUGAAUCUCUCUGAAAAUAGUAGUCCAGGUGUUCACUUCAUUGAUGUUGUAUUGAAAAUGGUCAAUUCAGGUCUCGAUUUGAUACAAUUAGGUCAUAUGAUGUUGAAAGCAUGGCUUGAAAUUAUUCUGAUUGUCGUAUAUAAGCAUAAUAUUUUAGAGAGAGAAUAUGAGCAGAAUAUUGUUAGUUGUAUGAAGCAGAUCAUUGAUCUUCUGACUGAAGAAAUCAGCGAAGAAAACAAAUUGCUUAUUCUUGAAAUUUUGAAAUGCCUUUUGCGUAGAUCAGAUCAUUUGACAGCUAUGGUUCUUUCCAAACAGAUUUUGGCUCUGGGAAAACUUAUGACAAGGUCCGGCAUCAAAAAUUCAGAGCCUGUAUUUUUGAAAGCAAAACAAUUCCUCAAAAGUGCAUUUCUUCGAUUUGCCGUCGCGGGCUUAUUUGUAUUGAUGUUCAAAAAUCAAGCCGUUGCUGAUACUGAUAGCAGUGACGUGGAUCUAUUUUUUGUUUUACGCACAGUAAUUGACCAAGACGAUGUUAUACCAGAUGAGGAUUUUAGAGGCGAAAUUAUAUAUUUGCGCGACCAACCUGUCCGCGACGUGCUCGAUAAAUUGAUGAAGCAACAGAUGGAAAGAAAGGCAUUUUCAACAGUCUUGCACAACACUAGUCGUUACGUAGAAACGGUUCAUACCCAUCCUUAUUCUGAAAAUAUUUUAAAUGACUACGCUGGAUUUAUUAAUGCUUUGAUUAAACAUACCUUGGAUUGGAGACGAUCCGACUGGAAUAUCAAUCCUAUUUUCACCAUGUCCGCUAUAUUAUUAAAAGAGCAUCCUUAUCAUCACUCCAUACUAUUACCAUCGAUUCAGGCUCUUUUCAAACAUGGCCUUCAAAAUUGUACCAUACAGCCAGAUAAUGUAGCACAGUUGAUUAUCGCUUUUUCUGGCAUUGCCACCAUGCCAGGGACUCCUCCCGGAAACGUUUUUGUUGAAAUGAUAAUCGAAGAGUUGAAAAAUAGCUUUGCAACGAACUUCAAGCCCAACAAGGACACAUUUUUGGCUCUUUUAGAACUCGUACUUUGGGAUACGAAACCCAACUGCCAGGUUUGGUACAACAAAAUAGAGACAUCCAUACUCGGCGAAACGAUAUAUGGACACAACCAUCCUCGUUUCUUUCAAGGCAAAAUGCUACCACUUUGCAAGCUUUUAGUAAACCAUUUGAAACGAGUACCCACAAGCCAACAAUUUACAAAAAAAGAUUUUAAAGUUUAUAGCUGUACAGCACAACUACUUGUAUCAAUGUGUGUUUCAGAUCCAAAGCAGAUGCCCAUAAUUUUUGGAUAUCUAAAGGUCAAUGAACAAACAGAGUGCCUACGAUUUCUCAACUGGUUUAUUCUGACAUUGUUGAAGGAAAAGUCGGAUUUGCUCAUGUUUAAUAUGCUCGCAUAUGAGAAUACAAUGACAGAACUUUUAGUCAAAGUAUUCAAUACUAUCGACAUUGAUUUCCAUACAUCAGACCUCAACUUUUCGUUCAGUACUGCAAGCGAAAAACUUUUAUUAGGAUUUCUGUUACUCAAAUCAUUCGUAUUACUAAAGCUAAGAACUGGGGUCGUUAAGCAUUUGAGUUUGGGUACCAAAUCACAAGUUCUUAACCCAAUCUCUUUUUGGUUGUCAAUAUGGCCUGCAAUCCGUCGCUUGCUAGAUAUAAUCGAACCUUCGACUCUGUUCAUGUUAGACGAACAUGAUCAAAAUGUACCUCACCAAGAUAAUGGUGGUACUGACCAUAUUAUAUCUUUGAGUGAAUUUAGAGAACAGGCAGAAAAACUAAAGGAAAUGUUUGCAGUUCCACCAAUAGAAGUUCCUGCUGAAACUAUGAUCAACCAAUUACACUUAGAAAUUCGAGAUAUAAUGCGCUUGCAAGCUGAAAGCAUUACAGUCCAAGGCAAUAAUCGAGUACUAUUACAAGCAGCUUACGGAGACUCUCACUAA